AUGCACUUAAACGUCAGGUCGAGCUGGACAAAGCAGCUCUCGAUCCUCAUAAAGUUGGCAGUAAUGGCGGUUUGUGCACAGGCGGUGAUGGGUUUGAGACAUGGGCAUGGCAGAAGUAUGGGUGAAAUUAAAAAAAUUUUUGAAAAUUUUGAAAAUAAAAAAAUUUUUUUUUGAAAUUUAAAAGUUCAACCAAAUUUAAAAUUUUAAAAUAAUUUUUUAAAAUCCAAACUUUCAGAAUCGACCUGCUCGAAGCCUUUUACGGAAUGCGAGAUGGACGAGACUUGUCGUUGGCAUAUGAGCGAGUUGCAAAUGAAAUGUCGUUUGGAAUUAGAGCAUUGCCGUCGCGAUCAUUGUGCAGCUGCGAUGCGAAGAUUCUCGCGAUAUGUCACGAAGGAGAUUCUGGAGGGCAUGAUGUUCUGUCAGUGUGCAUUCAGCGACGUUCAGUGCAAACAUCAGCAGGUGAGGGCGUGAACAAAACUUUAAAACUUUUUUAAAAAUUUUUGAAAAUUUUUUUUUUCAAUUUAAAAAUUGUUUUGAUUUUGUAAAUUAGAGGCAUUUAUAAAUUUUUGGGAAUACUUGUGUCUCAAUAAUUCCACUCUUACUAAAGUGACCGACUUUUUUAAAAUUUACUUUAAAACUUGAUAUUAUAGUAGCCAAAAGCCUAAAAUCUACCCCCAAAAGCCAAUAACAUACCUAUUUUCAGCAAUGGAUGUACCCCAGAUGCCUAUACGAAAGUUAUCGUAUAAAGCCCAAACGAAGUUGUACCCAAACUGUCAAGUACUGUCAACAUGACAGUUAUUGUCAUCGAACCUUGACCGCCUUCAAUCGAUCAUGUCCCAUUGGUCCUGGUGAAGCUGGAGAAUGCAAGGCUAAGGAUAUGCAUAGGUGUAGAUUAGCGUUGAUCGGUAUUAGAGGAACGGAUUUGGAAAGCCCAUGCUAUUGUAAUAGUGAUGAUAAGACUUGUUUGGCCAAUCAGAAUAUGGUUCUGCCUAAUAACCCUUGUGUUGGUAGGUUUGGGGGUUGGGAAUGGGCAUGUAAAAGCGCUUUUAAAGUAGUUUUAGAUAUUAUAGUAAAGAUUUAUAGAGUAUUUUUUAUUAUUCUGAGUUUUUUUCAGUUUUGAAAUACAAGUCGUUGUACUAAAAUGACGUCUUUUUAUCAUAUAAGUCAUUAAACCAACUAAUUUUUGCCUAAAAUUAGUUGAUAUGCACUUUUUCAGAAACCAUGAUGACAAAAUAUGCAGGAACAUCAAACGAAAAAGACCCUGGGGCUGAAACUGAACAACUCAUGCCUUCUGAACAUCCAUCGCCAAAGAACAGUCGCUCUCGGAAAACGUCAACAACAACAACUUCUGCUCCUUCUGAAGCCUCUAAUAACGAUGAAACAGAAGAAAAAACUGAUGAAGAUAACAAUACCAACAAAGCAGAAGAAAAAGAAAGUGAGGAAGAAGUAAAAAAUGAAGAAAAAAUAGAAGAAAAUGAUGAAAAUAAAGCCAUAGAAGAACCUCAAGAAGAAGAAGUUAAAGAAAAGUCAGCUGAAGACAAAGAAGAUGCAGAAUCUUUAAAUUCAGAAACCAAAACAUCAGAAUCUGACAAAACAAUAGAAGAAGAAGAACUAGAAAAGAAAGAAAAAGAAGUAGAAGAAGCCGUAGAUGUAGAAAAAGCUCCAGUAACCGACUCAACGGUACUACAAACAGCUACAGUACCAAAAGCCAUGAAGCAGACGACAUCACCGAGUAAAGGAAUAAAAGUUGUAUUAAAGGCAACCGGUGGUACUACGCCAAAAGUCAUCAAUGACACCAAGCUGGUUACUCAAACACCACCACCGGAAGGCGGAUGUACCACUAGGAAUAUAGAAGGAGAAUGGGUUACGCAUUACAAGAAUACAUUGUUUAGGGUAUGUUGUAGUUGCUUUGAUCUUUAGGGUAUGGUAAGGUAGGGUGAGGUAAGGUAAGGUAAGGUAAGGUAGGGUAGGGCAGGGUAGGGUAGGGUAUAGUUUUAAAACGCAAGUAGGUAUAGCCAUUUGGCGGUAUAUGUAUGCAUAAAAUAAUGAUUUACUUUAGCAAUACAACGACUUAUCAGGUCGAUGUUCUUCAUGGUGUCAAUGUCACAAAAACGAAACUUUUACGUGUAAAGCAAUGGACUGCCUACCCGAAGGGUCUUGUAUCACUCCUCAGACUACUGUUGGUAAGGAAAAAAUUUUUUAAAUUUUAAAAAAAAUUUCAAAAUUUUCAAAAAACAUUUUUUAAAUGAGUACCUCUCCCCCCCCAUCCUUAAACUACUUUUUAAUAAAAAAUAGAAAAACAACCUUAUCAAAGUCAUAAUGCCCAAUUUCAGCCUUUGGUGAACGUCUGUACAUCGAGAGUCGCGGUGCUUGUUUGUGUCAAAGUGGCAAGUUCAUUUGCGACACGAGUGAGAAGCUGGUCGAACUGGAGCCGGGUCUGUACAUUUCUUUGGGAUUCGCUCGUGCUGAGCUGGAGGAAAUAAAGAAGAAGGUUCCGAAGCCGUUAUUGGAAAAGUGCGGCCUAGUGAGUCCGAGUCGAUCCGUGGCCAAGGAUAUUGCAUCGAGGCUACAGUAUGCGUUGGAACGGGCUCUGCCUAAGGUUAGUUUUGAUUUAAAUUAAUUAUUGGAUAAUAAGGUAGAAGAUUGACGUUUUAAUUUUUUUUAAAUUUGUUUUGAAAGAGGGCACAGAAAUAAAUGAACGGGCUAAUAUUAUUUCAGAGCACCCUCUGCCGAGUAGCAAUGAUAGAAGAACAUACAUAUGACUCUGUCAUCCUACUUCAAAUCCAAUGGUACGGUAUCGACCCCUUUGCCAAUACCACCGAAGCUCAUUGGCACAUCGGAAAACUGGAAAAAGCUUGCUCUCCGUAUGUACGACAACUAGAGUACAACUUCUGGAUGGAACGUGCUGAUCGGUAUCAGCUCGUACUGUCCACAGUAAAACAACUCCGCGUCUACGAUCUGCUGGACGGGUUACCCAAAAGCGCCGCCACACUGCCAAACUUUCAGUGCCUUCAGAAACUCUUGAUCUUGUUUUGGUGUUUCUUCUUUGUCUUUAAUUUGUAG